CCUAAACUUCACGCGUCUUAUAUCUCUAUCUUCGCCACUCCAAGGCCCCAAUACCAUAAUCUCGCCCUCGAACUACGUGUCAUGUCCCUCAAACGCAAAGCUGUCGAGCUGGUUGCUACGGAAGCAAAAAAACCAAAAGCCAAUGGCAGCAUCACGUCUUUCUUCGGCGCCCCAAAGUCGAUUAGCACCACCGCUGGAGUUGCGCCAAAGGAGUCUGCGCAGCCGAAAGUCAAGUUCGAUAAGGACGCGUGGGUGGCGAACCUAAAAGAUGAACAGAAAGAAUUGCUGAAAUUGGAAAUCGAUACCCUGCACGAAAGCUGGUUGGCACAUCUGAAAGACGAAAUCACAAGCGCGGAGUUCCUAAAUCUCAAGCGAUUCGUUAAGAAAGAGAUUGAUAGUGGCAAGAAGAUUUUCCCACCGCUAGAGCAGGUAUAUUCUUGGUCUCGACAUACGCCCCUGAACACUGUCAAGGCAGUCAUUCUCGGCCAAGAUCCGUAUCACAACGUGAACCAAGCCCACGGCCUGUGCUUUUCCGUCAAGCCUCCGACCCCAGCACCUCCUUCGCUCAAGAACAUCUACAUCGCGCUCAAAAAAGACUAUCCUACCUUCUCGCCACCACCGAAGAAUGGUGGUCUGCUCACGCCCUGGGCAGAUCGAGGUGUGUUGCUGCUCAAUACAUGUCUGACUGUUCGGGCACACGAGGCGAACAGUCAUGCCGGGAAAGGCUGGGAGCGUUUCACACAGAAGGUAAUCGACACUGUGGCUAAGCAGCGGACAAACGGCGUUGUGUUCCUUGCAUGGGGCAGUCCGGCCCAGAAGAGAACUGCAAACAUCAAUAGUCAGAAGCAUUUGAUCUUAAAGAGCGUACAUCCAAGUCCGUUGAGUGCUUCGAGGGGAUGGUUUGACUGCGGACACUUCAAAAAGACCAACGAAUGGCUCAAACAACGCUAUGGCGAAGAUGCGGAGAUCAAUUGGGACCUCAACGUUCAGCCUGAGGAAGCAGGCGAGUAGAGUUGCAUUAUCUGCCACUGCGUAAUAAACAAGUGAUUGAUUGGUCGGCCCUGUCACAAUGUGACGGGUAUCAAGCGCAAGUAUGAUGUUCGCUAGACGGAGUUUCUAGGUCUUUAUAUAGAACAACAUGUGUAGUGAUUACGGCCUGCUAAGCACCCCAACAAUGGUUAAUUACUUGAAAAUGUCCAGCAUGUUCAAACACCAAUUAAU